AUGGCGUACAAGACUCAUUAUCUUGCUUUCGGCGAGUCGGAUCCCUGCCCAGCAGCAUAUCUGAAAGUUUUUGUGUUCGAGGAGACUUCGCGCGAGGAUGGCCCAAAGGUCUUCUGGCAAAGCCGUGAAGCCAUCCUGUCACUGGGGUUCGAUAAGAAAACUCCACCACACAGAUGGUUCAAAGCCCAUGGCGGCCUGCCAGAUUGGCCGGCAGUUGCAUGCUCCUUUGGAGGUGACGGCAGUGAUUUGAGACCAAGCUUGAAAGCUGCACGGGGGCUCGCGGAUGCCGAACAACGGUUCCUGCAGGAAGAACAGACCAUGUCGACACUAGUGUUUUUGAUGCAUUUGCUGCAUUGGUGCCAUGCUUUACGCGGUGUCCGGAAGCAAAAUGCAUAUCAGUGCCUGCGUGGUUUGUUGACGAAAGUCUUUCAAAGUCGGGACAACCACUGGCCUGCAGCUUGGACUCCGGCAUGCUCGGCGUCCGAUUGCAGCAGCCCUGUCAGACAGGAUGGGCAUGCACAGUGCAGGCAUGUGCAUAAACUGCUGCUGGGACUGGAUGCCUCGGGCGUCAACGUGAGUAGUUCGGCCAGUUUUCUUGUGGAUGCUUGGCUUGCAAGAGAACAGUGUGCUGAUGCAAAGCAGUGGCUUGUGGAGCUUCUGCAGAGGGUCUGUGCUGCAUGCGAUACCGUGUUCUUGGGCGAGGGCUGCCCAUUUCGAGACACUGCAGCCAAACUUCCUGCUGCGAAAGCUUUGGUUCGACGUCGGCGAUUAGACCGUGAUCUCCUUGUGCGUGGUUCUUUCGGCAUGGUGAAAUCAAAACGAUUUCGGUCAUCAGGCGCAGCUGUUCGGAGUGGCGAGAUCGACGCAACUCGGCAGUCUGCAGCAGAUGGGGACUCCAAGACCUUAGCACACUACGUCCAGUCUGUCCGGUCAGUGGCAUCUGAGAGUUCCCAGUUGACGCUGUCUUUUGACGAAUCCACUGUGGCCUCGGAAUCGACGCUGCUGGGCAUUGCAUUCGAGCACAAGAAGCGCAAAGCUAUGCAUAUGCCACUGCAGGUGCUGCCGUCGUUGAAGCGUAGCCUGGUGGACCGCACAGAUCUGGACCAGCAGGAUGCCCUGGAAAGUGCCCUCCGCCUGCAGGAACGCAUGGGCGAACAAGAGAAAACUCAGCAUUCGAAGAGCAAGAAGCGCCUGAACGACACCACAGCUGCCACAUUGAACUUGAUCAAGGGCAUCGACCAUGGAUUACGAGAGAUGGGGCUUUCUUUGCAGCAUUUCCAACGUGGAAGUAGUGCAGAGUUUUCACGGCCAUUGCUGCCGGGAGAAUUCAGGUACAUGGUCUCGUGUUCGGAGCCUUGGGGUGACUUUGAGCUUGCCGAGGGCAUUCCUUGGAAGCGAAGUGCAGUGAAGGACGUCAGCACUGGAAAGAAGCGCUUCGAGGUCGCCAGGCAGUGGACGGAAGGCAAGCCUUCCGUGCUUGUUCUUUCCGGAGACGAAGCAUCCACGAAUCUGGCAGCUUAUCAUUUACUGUCAGGCGGCGCUGCAGUACGAUGUGUUUUUCUUCGAGACACUGCACACCGUAGUUGGAAUGAUGCCAAACUUGCCCUACAGGAAACAGAUCUCUGGACCCAGGUGCUUGAAACCUUGCAAGUCAUGCAGACCAAACACGGCCCUUGGAAAAGUGCAGCGUGGUUCAAGCAGUUGCAAGAAGUGUCGGAGCAACAUCUUGCAACCUCAAAUGCUGGCGAUCCCCUCUUCCAGCAUCUGUACGAGAAUCUGGCGGAUGAUUUCAAAGCCAAGACCACGGAGCCCUUCGGCAGCCAUGCCCACAUUCAGCAGGUCUGGGACCUUGUAGCUGCAUCGCGACACAUCGGCUCCAAGGGGAAUCGCGUGUCCAUGACCCGGUGGUUCGAGUGGUGCGCGCAGUUUUCCGAGUUUGACAAGGAGUUUCAUGCUCAUCAGUUUCAUUUGGUGCUUUUAGGCUUGCACAGCGGUCUGUGGAGCUCAAUCGGAGAAGCUCCAAUCUUCGACGUGCCCAUCAACACGCACAAGCUCAAGAGGAAGAAGCCCCCUGUCAACGAAGGUAGCGGCACAAUGCAAGAGGCCAAGAGUGAGCAAGAAGCUGCAGAGAGCAUACAUUGCCGGAAUGCUGUUGAGCUCGCUUGCUACUUGAUCGGGCAGCCUUCUUUGAAGCGCCUGUCACGUAUGAUCCUGGAGUGUUUGAGGCCCUUGUGGUCAGCUUUCUCAAAGGAGGUGAAGCACGCAGGCAAGCCAGAAACGACCUUCAAGAUGCAGAUGGUUUUCCACCUCUUUCAAUACAGCUUGCCGUUGUGCAGCCUUUGGCGGGUGCUCGUGAAGCAAAGUUCGUUGGAGCACAUGGGCUUUGUGUACCACAAAGCAAGCAUGCACCAUUAUAAGCAGGACAUGCCCGUGCUUGAAGCCUCCGGCAGCAACGAGCAGUCUCCAGGUCUUGUUGACCACUUCUGUUUCAAGCCACUCCCGGAGGAUGCUUUCGACGAGUUUCAAGCAGCAAAGCUGUGGCACUUGACAUGCAAAUUGUGCAAGCACCGGUCCAUGUCCAUGGCUCAGUGGAGAGGGUUGCCGCCGUUUCAGUUCAUCGGCCUGCUAGCCAAUGAGGAAGCGAACAGAGAAGCAGCCUUGCAGAUGCAGCAAAAGAACUGGAACACCUUGCUCGAAUGCGAGAAGUUGCAGUUCACGCAACCCGAAUUGCGGCAAGUGCUCGUGCAGAUACCGUGGUUGCAAAAUGAUGUGUGCCGAGAAGUCCUGACCAUGUUGGCCCAGCAUGACUUCAAGUGCGUUCCUGCGCCAGCCCUGAGUUUGGUGCGUGCGAUUUUCAAUGGGCCGAACCACACCGUGCAUGUGGAGAACAUGUUUCAGCACUUGAAAGAUUUCAGCCGCGAUGUGAACAACGGCAUGAAGUCCAGACCAAAGCGUAUGUAUGAAUGUAUUCAAUCGGACCUCCUGAAAGAGUUCCAUUUGCCAGAGGUACAACCCUUCGACGCGGCAGCAGGUGCUCACACAGACAGGCUUCCAAAACAGACUUGGGAUGCAAUGUCUUCUGAAUGCAGUUUGCAGAACAAGGUGCUGCAGCAGAUCAUCCGCAAGAGCGGCACUGAUUACCCGUCCCCAAGUGCGCAGAGCUGCCAGCUCCACUGCGGUAGCUGGGCAUUGCUGGUGGAUUGUUGCGAAAGAAAUCAAACCGCGAGCAUUCCUCUUGCUUGGCAUGCGUUGCUCAUGCCAGAGGACCACUUUGUCAGAAAGAAAUCCAGCUCUCAGUUUUUCAUCGUCCUCAAGAGCUCGCCUCACGCUGUGUUGCUUUGGCCGGCGAAGCAGGCAAGCGGCAAGGGCGUCUGCGUCUUCUUUCCCGACGUUGCUACAGGGAGCAAUGCCUCAUGGGUUCCCGUCUGCAGUGAUGAAGAUUGGGAAGUGUUGCCAACUGUGCCUUUGCCACCCCAUGUUGUUCGAGCAUGCUUCCAAGGGACGCUGGGUCUGCUGGGUGUCGUCUCCGUCAAGUCUGGUCCGGCGAUGUCUCUUUGGCAGGCGGCGGCGCGAGAGGGGUUCAGUGGCGUCACAAGCGACUACUUGUCAAAGAUGAUUGCGCACUUGCAGGUCCUUCAGCAGAUGCCAACUAAGGACCACCCGCGCAACGUCUUGGCAAAGAUCGAGGCCUUGAUCAAGCACAUUCUUCCUGCACUUUCCAAAGAUGAAGUUGCGGCCAUCAUCUUGCAGAGAGCCGGUUUGCGCAAGGCGAGAACCAGCAGCUUACUGAUUCAAGGUGAGAAUUCGGAGCUCACUGCCGCAGCUUUGGACAGUUCUGAUGCUGCCGAGGUUUCCAAGUUCAAGAAAGAAGAAAUAGCUGGAGUAUCUGCGAAGGCUAGCAACCUGAGAUGGCUCAAAGAAAAGAAAUACCUGGACGAGGCGGAAUUCCAGAGGCACAUGGGCCACAUUGCUGCUCGCAGCAAGCCGGAAGAGCCGCCUGCGAAGAAACCCAGAACUGGCCCUAGCAAAGGCGAGUGGAGUUGGCAGGAGAAGACCCUCAAGCAGCACAUUCCUGCAGGUUCCACCAUUACGCAAGUCGUCAACCAGCAUGGGACUUUGUGGACAGGUCGCUACCCCAAGGCAGGCGAAGGACAGCAGAAAACUUGUAGCCGUAGCUAUGGUGACAUUCGAACUUGCGAUCAGGCAGCCCACUUAGUUUUUCAAUGGCUUUGGCGGACUCACGAAGCUAACGGAGGCGAAGCCUGCCCGCACAGCUACCCUGAAGUUCUCGGCUAG